ACAACCACCACAACUUCGCAGUUCGGAUGGUUCGGAUUUCUCGUUGGUUCAUUUUGCAUUAUCGUGUUGCAUCUUGCCUUGCCGAAUUGUGAUCUAUUCAAAAGUUGUGAAAAAGUAGUUUUUACAGACCACAGUCGCUCCUGCAGACAUGUCCCCACUAAAAUCUACGUUCCUUGAGGCGGAUUCAUCAAUAACGGAGAAAAAUCUUCGGUUUAUACGGGAUGAAGCCGAGGAGGAGUUUAACAGUAUAUUCCAACCCGUUGUAGAGCAGGCGCAGAGUAUUAGUAGCGGAAAGUCUAAAAUAGUGAAACCAUCUCCAGGUUUCUGUCUAAAGGCAUUCGUAAAAGAUUCCCAGGAGAAAUUUUUCAUCAAUAUAUGUCAAACCGAUGGGAUUCCGGCACCGGAAGAUAUUACGGAAGAACAGCUGUUGAAUAUUCUAAACGAUGGAGCUCCGGGUUCGUUCAAGAUACCCAUGAGCAUUACUCAGCCACGGCAGAUAACAGAUAACUCCGCCAAACAGUGUCAGGUCUGUGACAUUGCCGUCAAUUGCAAAUUCUUCAAAAGAAUCGAAACACCCGGAUUGAUGCGCGAUUUUAUGAUUACGAUUGUAUUCGAGGGACUUAGUUCGAAGUACAAUAUCACUUUAGACGAUACAAACUUUCGAGUGCUCAAAAACAAAAAGUGCAUCGACAAACUAAUUAUGCACCACAUUGAAAAUCGCGACGUGAAAUCUGUUUACGAGAGCUAUCGGAACCCUACGGAGGAUGACCUACGUAAAAUAGAGGAGCUAAGCAAUCCUCGCUCAUCGCAUAGCCAAAAACCGACCAAGAGGCUAAUCGAGGAAAUUGAUGCUGGUACGAUGAAAACGAUGAAAGACGAGAAAAAUAAAUUGUCCGGCAAAGACGAGUACGUCCCGGAUCCAACCAAGGUGGCUAUCUCUCAAGCUUCUUGUAAAAGACCCGAUUGUCGAUUAUUCAAGGAACCGGCUAUUGGCAAAGCGAGAGUUUUGAUGGGCGAGUUUUAUUUGCCGAAAUGUACAUCAAGCAAGGAAAUAACACUCGACAUCGGUGAAGACCGUAUUCUUUUGGAGGCUAGAAAGAAAGGCUACUUGUUGGACGUGUUCGUUGACUAUCCAAUUAAUUCUAGUAAAGUCAGUGCUAAUUUCAAUUUGGAAACCAGAAUGCUGAAUGUGGUUAUGCCAGUUUUGGCAAAAUGAUUUCACAAUUUUUACACAUCAACUGAUUGUGAAAUCAUUGAUAAUUCAGUGCUCCGUAUGUAAGUGCAAUUCUGUAUCGAAACUACAUAUUCUACUUCUAUAAAAUACAAGAAUGGAAGUCGCAGCAAUUACCUGCAGGCUAUACAGAUAAAAAUACUCUGAAAAUGCUCGAGGAAAGAUACAGAAAACCACAGGAUUCAACUAUUGCAAUACAUAUUUUAUUUCCUUAAGUGGAUAUACAUGUGGUAUAGUACGUAAAGGCAACUUGCUUCCAGCCGAGAGUCUAGGUAUAGCCUAAAGUUACUUCAUUACUUCAAGCCCAGCAAGGUAAUUACAGAUUUCCAUGGUACGCAAGAGUUUUAUAAUUCAUAGACUACAAAUACAUUGCUUGGUGU